GCGCUCGCGCGCGGGGAGCUGUAGGUGUGAGAGAUACUCGGAGCGGCGCGCGCUGCUCUUCCUCAGGGAGUCGGCGGCCCGGUGGAGCUUCCGCUCUCAUGUGACUGGGGGAGGAGCCUAAGCGAUAAGCGGUGAGCAGGAUGGAGGAGAGUGAUCAGCUCCGGCCCAAAUCUGUCCUGGAUGAGUUGACGGUCGAUGGCAUCAACAUCGAGGAUGUGCAGUACCUGGCUCUGAGGGAGGAUCUGGAAUCUGAUGCUCGAGAUUUUGAAGCUCCCACAUGGAGUUUAUCUGUAGAUCAGCUGUAUGUGAAGAGUUUCUCUAAAGAUGCGGUUAAGAGACAAGACGUCAUCCAUGAGUUGAUCCAGACGGAGAUAAACCACGUGCGGACGCUGAAGCUCAUGCUGAGUGUGUAUCAGCGUGAGCUGCAGGACUCGCUACUGAUGGACGAGUCUCAGCUCGAGCGUCUCUUUCCUCGCCUGGACCAUUUACUGCACGAACAUCAGAACUUCCUGCAGAGGCUGAAAAACCGACGCAGAAUGUGUCUGGAGGCAGGAAGUGACAAAAAUUACUGCAUCAGUAACAUAGGAGACAUCCUCAUCACUCAGUUUUCAGGUGAUCUCAGAAGCAGGCUGCAGGACAGUUAUGGUGUUUUCUGCAGUCGUCACACCGAGGCAGUGAAUCUUUACAAAGAACUGCAGAACAAUAAAAAGUUUCAGAGUCUGAUACGGAGAAUCGGCCAGCUGUCGAUCGUCAGGAGGCUGGGCGUUCCCGAGGGGAUCCUACUCAUCACACAGCGCAUCACCAAAUACCCUGUCCUGGUGGAGCGCAUUAUUAAAAACACUGAAGCGGACACACAGGAGUACGAGGACCUUCUCAAUGCUCUGGAGUGCAUUAAGGACACAAUCUCCACCAUCAACACGCAGGUCCAUCAGUAUGAGCAGCUGCGGGAAAUCGCUGCUCACCUCGAUCCCAAAUCCUUCAGCAGGAUGAGCAACGGCAAGACGUUCCGCAGAGACGACCUGCUGCAGAACGACAGGAAGCUGCUGAGGGAGGGCAGACUGACCUGGAGACCCCAAAACAGGUCCAAAGUGUUGGAUGUCAUCAUGGUUCUGCUGCCUGAUUUACUACUGCUGCUGCAGCAGGAGAAAGAUCAGAAAUACAUAUUCGCUUCUCAGGAUGGGAAGCCUGCUGUUCUUCCCCUGUCCAGGCUGAUCGUGAGGGAAGCGGCUCACAGUGACCUGGUGAUGUAUUUGAUCUCAGCAUCUGAUGUAAAAGCCGAACUGUAUGAGUUCCACACCUCGACAGCUGAAGAGCGGCACAGCUGGAGACAGCAGAUCUGGGAAACGAUCGAGAAGUGUCCGCAUGUGGACGAAGAGCUCAUGGAGCAUGAAAACGUUUAUCCUGAAAAACUCCAAGCGCUUUAUGACCAGCUGUGUAAGAAAGAUGGUCAGAUUGAGGAGAUCCUCAGGCAGAAGCUGCAAAUUAUUUCUGACCUGUCGGAGGUUUCGACGGAGAACUCGACUACAGUGAGACGCCUGCUGCUGCGAGGUUCUGCUCCUGAGCUCCUACAGGGGGAGCUGCUCAUCAACACUGCCAUCAGACAGGCUGAGUAUUUACAGAAACAGCUGAUAGAUGGUGAGAUGAACUUUAUUCCUCGGUCUGGAGAGAGUGAUGAUGAGCUGCGCAGAAGGUCACAAACCCUGCCUGGAAACUACAGAAUGACAAAAAGUGGUGAUGGGUUUCGGUCCAGAGAUCAGAGACCAAACUCAGAUCCUCAUCUCAGAGACCUUUACCUCGAUCCACUGGAGGUAGAAUCUGUUGAUGAUGAUGAUGAUGAUGAUGAAGGUUGCUCCACUCUUCCUCCUCCUCCAGCACACACCUUUAAAGCUGAGUGGAUUGAGAGUGCAGAUAAAGUGAUACGGACGCUGUACAGCCUGAAGGCGCUGGUCUCUCAGCAGGACACCGAGUUGGAGGUUCUGCGUGCGGCUCAGUCGGAACGCGAUCGUUCAUCCCGUCAGCGUUUCAGCUCCAUCCAGGAUCAGGAGCGACAGCGCCACCUGGAGAAGCAGCGUGAGGACCUCCUCCAUCUGCAGAAGAUCCACAUCCAGCAGAAGCAGCAGCAGGAGGCGUGGGCUCGCGAGCAUCAGCGCCACCUGCUGGACAUUCACGAGCGCGAACAGGAGCUGAAGUGCCGCAUGGAAGAGUGUGCCAAACAGGAGGCGUGGCUGUGUGCCGAGAGGGACGUCCUGAGCCGGAGGCGGGAGGAGUACCAGCAGGACCUGGAGCGUCUGAGGGACAGCACUCGCACCGUGGAGAAGAACCGGGAGAAACUGGAGCAGGAUGUCAGGAGAUUCAUACAACACAAGGGCCAUACCAACCAGGGCGGAGCCUUGCAUGCACCAAAGCUCGCCGUUCCGUAUUCAUCUGACGAUAUGCUCAGCAACCGAUCUCUCGUGCAGCCGGGUCUUCUACACGAGCACCCUCCGCUGGUCCCUCCUCGCAGAGAGAGCAUGAGUGUGACGUCGAGCGCUAAAGCUGACGUUCCCAUCCAGCUGGUGAGCACCACCAACCAGGCGCUGAAGCCCAGCAGCGUCCAGCAGCAAAUCCCAACUAAACUCGCCAUCAGCAAAGGAAAGGAGAAGAGCAAGAGCUCACACCAUCGCACCAACAGCGCAGCCUCAAUAGAAGUUUCUGAAGUUUUUCCCAUUAAAGUGUCAGGAAAAGACGGAGGAAGUUUACGAGCGAUGAAAACCAUGAGCCGCACACACGCUGCAGACGUUUAUCCAGAACUCACUCCGAACCUGAAACCUCCACAUUCAGCAAACACUCUCCGAAAAUCCACUCAGCCGCAGAACCACCAGAGAACCAGGAGCGGCAACCAGGAGGACAUUUUCUUCUUUUAACUCCGAAUCAUCUCCGAGCAUUUAAACACUCGGACGCUUCGACUUCAACAGUUCAAAACAAAACAAAACAUGAUCAGUGGAAUUUCUGUGGCUUUAAACAGGGACUGGUUUUAAUUUUCGAAGCUGGUGAAGGAAAAUAUUUUUAAUGUUUUACUCCCACUGUCAUUUUACAGCACUUUCAUUUUUUGUAAAAAAAAAAAAAAUUUUACAAACACAAAACACUGGAGAAUUCCAGAUCGGAGACGUUUUUUGUAAAUAACUAUAAUCUGUAAAUAUCACGACCUCACAUUCAGGGAACUUAGAAUAUUUGAAAAUGAACAACGAAUCACAAAAUGCUGUUCGAGAGAAGAAUUAUCAACAUGAGCAGUUUUAUUAUUAUUUUUUUUUGGGGGGAAGAGUUUCUGAUGUUUGUAAAGAUUUUUGCUUUAAAGUUUUGGCACCCAGAUAGAUCUGAAGCUUCAAGAUGAUGAAUGUGUGCUUUUUUUUUUUUUUUAUUUUAAAUGAUGUCCAUUUUCUGUUUCUAAAACACCUCAGUACUUUUAUAAGGCGCCCCCUAGGGGUCAUGGGGGAGAUUUUUUUUUUUAUUUUAUUUUAUUAUUUAAAAGAAAAAAGCAACUUGUGUUUCUUCGCAGUUCGUUUGCGUUAAAUCUCACAUUACAAAGGAACAGACAAGAAGCUUAAAAAGAUCUCCACCGUGACCCUCGGGGGCUCCGUACUUUCAGUCUUAUGUUUCAGAAAAAUUUCCUUCUGGAUCAAGAAUUUGUCCACAAAUGUUUUAGUAAUGUGAGGGGUUUGUUUUUUAAAUUCUGGAAAAAAGUAAGUUUGAAACCAAAAACUUUGAGUCUUAAAACUGAAAAGGGAGAAAUUUAAAUCUUGCAUUUCUGUACUUUGUGUUUUUAAACCCUCAGAGUUAAAGCUUUGAUAUAAACCAACAAGGAACGUGAACAUGGCUGUGUUCUAAUCCUGUUUCGUGUUGACUUCCGCUCGCCACUUGGUGAGAUUUACAUCUUUUUAAAAAUGAAAGAUUUUUUUUUUUGCAGCUUACGGAUGGAUUUUUAGGUCAAAUUUAGGUUAAAAAUUACUAUUCAGACAAUAAACAAUGCUGAUUUGUUUUAAUGUAUAAAUCUGCAUCAGUGUUUUCACUUCCACAUCCAUCAGGUGCACAAAUAUAGUUUUUAAAUACUGUUCUUCUUAACGUUGAUUAUUCCGUCGGUUUUGUGUCCGUUUCUUCACCCACACUUUGAGAUUUGACCCCAAACCAAUUCUAACUGCUCCGCCUGGUGUCCCAGUAGCGUGUCUGUAUCCAGUUGAUUGAUUUGGUCUGCCUGGGUUUUCUUUUUUAAUUUUUAACCACUGAUUUUCCCAGAGAAUGAUCUGAGAGAAUUUUAUGAAGCAGCAGACUCCGUCUUCAGAAGCAUUUGGGGUUUUAAGACACGCUCUGUGUGAGCAAACGCUUCGGUUCGAACAUGGUGGAAAUUUACCCAGAUCAUAAGUUAUGAUCCUUUUUGGAUUAAUUAAAGCCUAUUUUUCGGUGGA